AUGGUGGCUUCGGGGUCGUGCACUCUCACAACUUACAACAGGCUAUAUGCGUUCAAAAACAAGUUCUGUCUACGGGACAAUCGUGAUACCUGCGAUGGCGGAUAUCAGCUCGGCGUCGGUGUGGAUUGGUCCGAACGCGCAUCGUGGGCGAUGUGGUCGGGCUUGACAGGUUGCACACGUGUGACCCCCAAUCGCUAUUCUAUUUGGAAUGAAAUAGAUUGA